AUGGGUUGGGCCAUCUCAUUAGUGGACUUCAAGAUCGAUGGAGUCAGACUUGACCUAUGUUUCGACUCUUCUAGCAGCAGAUGCACUGCUGUCCUGGACACGGGGACGUCCAGCAUCGGCGGCCCACGGGAGGACAUUCACCGUUUGCUGACAAUGCUGGGCGCAGCGCCACGCUGCGACCGAAUCCAGGCUAUGAAGCCUUUAACUAUCAUACUAGAACAGACAGUGUCUGGACGGCAGAUCGAGUUUGAGCUGGCUGCUGAUGACUACCUCGUCGAAGGCUUGAGAGCGUCAGAUAACGUCUCGUCGUGUCCUGUUGCAUUUAUGCCUCUUGCCUUGAGUCACCACCCUGUCCGCACAUUUGUAAGUUGA